CAAUCUGACACAUUCAAGUAAAUAUUUUUAGUGUAGUUGUGUACAUUUUAGUGUCAUCAACACUGAAAAUUGAUAAAUAAAACUAAUAAAUUUGAUUAAAAGUCUCGAAAAAUAGAUGUACCAUCAAUAUUUAAUAAUGAUUAAUUAUUAAAAAUAAUAAAAUUAAUGUUAGAAAAAUAGAAUUAACGUCGAAACAUAAAAAACAACAUAAUACAUAACCUAAGAAAUAAUAAAAUAAAUAAACAUGAUUGAAUCAUCCUGGACAUCAAAAGAAGAAGAAGAAAUUCAAAAACUUGCUGGUAAUAUACAAUUACGUAAAUUUAGUGAUUUUUUUAAUGAAUUAUCAAAAACAUGGUGGAGUUCAUCUACACCAUCAGUACCAUCAUCAACACUUGAAUGUAUUUAUGAAGGACCAAUACGUUUGACAAAUAGUAAUAAUAAAAAUAAUGAAAAAAUAUUAUCUCUAAUUGAUACAGAAAAUAAAAAUUUAUCAAAAAUACUUGGUACAAUUGCUGGUAUAUGUCGUGAAAUACGUAUAUUAAAAUUUGAAUUUAAAAAACAUUAUUAUAAAUUAUUUGCACAUGGUGAAAAUUUUGAAAAUAAUAUUAAAAAUAAUGAUUAUGAUAAUUAUUCAAUAUUAUAUAAUGAUUUACAAAAUUUAUUUAUUUAUAUUAAUCGUAUAAAUAAAGUUAUAAAUAUAUCAAUACAAAAUUUAUCAUAUUUAACAAAUCCAACAAAUGAAUUAUAUUUACCAGCAUUAUUAGAAAAUGUCAUUGAUUUAUUUAUAUUGUUAUUAAUGAUUGAUGAUAUAAUAUAUUUAAAUCCUGAAAUAUAUGAUAAAUUUAAAAAAUAUAAAUUUCAAUUACGUACUGUUAUGCAUAAUCCAAAUAAAUAUUUAUCAAAUAAUAAAAAUAUUAAAAAAAAUAAAUUACGUAUAUUUGAUAAAUUGCUAAAUGAAAUUGAGACAAAAAUAUUUAAUAAAAAUAUAUUUAAUAAUGGUAUUGAUGAUAUUAUGAAUUUAUCAAAACCAUCAAUGAUGAAUGAUCAUUUAUUGAGUUAUUUAAAAAAUAUAUUAAUUGACAUUGAGCUAAAAUUAAAUAAUAAUAAAAAUUAUAUAAUUGAUAAGUUAAUUAUUAAGCUAAAUAUUGGCAUUGUAUUGUCAAUUAAAUUAUUUGGUACAAAUGAUAAGAAACUUAUUAAAAAAAUAUAUGAUAUUGAUAGAAAAAUUUUUUCUGUAACACUUAUUGGUAAUAUUUUAUUUAUACCAUGUAAAUUUUUAACAGAGCUAUUGUCAUUUGAUUAUUUAACGACAUUUAAUAUUCAAGCUGGUGAAAAAUUAUUGAUAGCAAAGCUACAAAAAUUACCAUUAUUAUCAAUAAAUUUAAUACAAAAAUCAAUAAAUUGGUGUAUUGAAAGUAAAAAAUUAUUAUGUGGUGAUGAUUUUAAUAUAACUGAAAUUAAAAAACAAUUUUAUCAUUUAAAGAUAUUUAUAUAUUUGUUGAUGGAAAUUAAUGAACAAGUUACAUUAAUAACAAAUUUACAUGCAACACUUGGUAAACCAAUGUCAAGAAUAACUGUGCAAAUAAUAUGUCGUUUAAUUGAAGUACAAAAAACAUUGGAAACUGAAUUAUUUAAAAUUGGUCAUGCUGUUGUACAAGCACAUGCAAGAACACUACAAUAUUUAAGUUAUGAAAUAUUAAUAAUAUUAAAUAAUGCUAAAAAAGGACUUGUAGAAAAAGAUCAUGGUUAUUCAAAAGAAAAGCUAGAUGCAUUAUCAAUGAUGAAUUUAAGUAUGAGAUUAAUAAAUGGUAAUGCAAGUGCUGAUAGAAGAUUAAUUGCCAGAUGUGCUUUGUCAAUAUCACGACAAUAUUUCGAUACAUUUUGUGAUGAUGAUGUUAUUAAGUUGAAAGAAAAACUCAAUGAUUACGAUACAAUUGCUGAUUUUUAUAAUAUUAUACAUGACAUAUGUGAUUACUCAGUAAUUUUACAUCAUCAAAAUAUACUACCAGCAUAUUUAUCAUCAUUAAUUGAAUCUGAUCAAGAUAUAAGUCAUGUUUUAUAUUUAUUUUCUGCAUUUAAUACAGCAAUAUCAAAUUAUAAUGAUUCAAAAAAAUUUAAAAAUAAUCGUAUUAAUGAAUUAAAAUUAACAUUUAAAAAUAAUAUACUUGAACCAGCAUGUAGAGAAAUCGAAACAUCAUUACGUUUACAUGUACAUGAACAUUUAAAAAUCGACAAUAAUAGUAAUCCAUUUAAAAAUGGUACAAAAAAUAGUCUAAGAAUAAUAAAUUCAUUACCAUUAAAAAUUGGUAAUAAUAUUAUAAAUACAAAAAUAUUCAUUGAAAAUUAUUUAGAUGAUAUAUUUUAUAAUUUAACAACAAUUGAGUUACAUGAUUGGAAAACAUAUCGUACAAUGUAUGCAUUGGGUAAAUAUAAAUUUAAUAUUAAUACAAUUGAAAAUCAUUUACCAACUCAAACAAUUGAACAAGGUCUUGAUUCAUUAUUUAUCAUGAGAAAUAUCAAUAUAUUUGUAUCAAAAUAUUUAUAUAAUUUAAAUACACAAACAUUUAUUGAACAUGAUAAUAAUAAUAAUAAAUAUUUAAAUACAAUUGGUAUACGUCAUAUUGGUAAUUCAAUACGUACACAUGGUCAUGGUAUUAUGAAUACAACAAUAAAUUUUAUUUAUCAAUAUUUAAAAAUUAAAUUACAUAUAUUUUCACAAUUUUUAUAUGAUGAACAUAUUAAAUCACGUUUAUUAAAAGAUAUUAAAUAUAUUAAAAAACAAAAAGAUCAUUAUUUAUCACCGUAUACAUAUGAUAGAGCUGAAAAAUUUCAAAAAUCCAUAAGAAAACUUGGUAUGACUGCUGAUAAUUUAAGUUAUCUUGAUCAAUUUCGUCAAUUAAUAACUCAUAUUGGUAAUUCACUGGGUUAUGUUAGAUUAAUAAGAUCUGGUUGUUUACAUUCAUGUGCAAAUGCAAUAUCAUUUUUACCAGAAAUUAAUAAAACAAUAAAUUUUCAUAAUAUAUGUAAUAAUUUAAAUUAUAAUUCAAUAAUUACAGAAUCAGCUAAAAAACUUGAUGAUGAUAUUGAUAAUUUAGUUAAAAAUUUUACAGAAGGUAUACAAUAUUUUAAAUUAUUAAUUAAUGUAUUUUCAUCAUCAUUUCGUGAUUCUAAAAAUUAUCAUUUACAACAAUUUUAUUCAAUAAUACCACCAUUAACAUUGAGCUUUAUUGAUAAUGCAAUAUCAAAUAAAGAAAAAAUAUUUAAAAAAAAUAAAAAUGGUGCUGGUUUUACUGAUGAUGGUUUUGCAAUGGGUAUUGCAUAUAUUAAUUCAUUAUUAGAUCAAAAUAAUGAAUUUGAUAGUUUACAAUGGUUUGAAACAGUUAAUAAAUAUUUAUAUAAUGAAAAAAAAAUUAUUGAAUCAAAUAGUGAGGGUGAAGAUGAAAAAUUCAUUCAAACAAAAGCAUUGACAUUAAAAAGACUUGAUGAAAGAAUUUCUGAAUUUCAAUUACUUUAUUAUAGUUUAUCUGGAGCUAGAGUUUUUUUUAAACAAAAUGAUUAUUAACAUUUAUUUAUUAAUAAACAAUAUGUAAUAUUUUCAAUAAAAUUUCUUCAAUAUUUAUUAUUUGUGGUUGUUUAAUUAAAAUUACAGUACUAAAUUUAACUUUUAAUUAUAAAUUAUUCUAUUGACUAUUAUUUUUAUGACUAGGCGUGCAAUUUUUUAUGAUAAAUUAAGUCUCAUUGUGAACAUAAUUAAAUAAAUUAAAUUUACAUAACAAUAAUAUCAAGUGCAGCUUUUUUUUUUUUCAUUUUUUUUUUUGAUCAUUUUGUUUAUCAGUAAGUUAAUAGUUUAAAAAAAAAACUAUCAACAAUACCAACAUUUAAAAAUUCAGUCUUACAU